GUGGCUGAGCACGUCUGCACGAGCUUCUGCACGCAGCUCUGCGAUAUGUACAGAAUACGAAAUGGCAUUAUUAUUUUGGAUUUACUUCCUUCUAUAACACCACUUUGGAGUUCCGUGCAAUUUUGAUCGUUUAAAUUGUAGUUUUGUAUUUAUUUUUUUAUGGAUUAUAUUUUGUGUUUCAUGUGAAACUGCAAUGAAAGUGUUUAGCUUUUUACUGAAGUGUUCGUUUACCCUGCUGCUGAGUAUCUCGUUAUGUCUUAAUGUAGAAAGUCCACCUUCAUCAAACAUGGUGAAUCCUUGUUGCUAUUAUCCUUGUCAAAACCGGGGGGUUUGUGUUCGAUAUGGACUUGACAGAUAUGAGUGUGACUGCACCAGAACGGGCUACUAUGGAGAAAAUUGCACUAUACCCGAGUUCUGGUCAAGAGUCUAUCGCCUUCUGAGACCCAGUCCUAGUGUCGUCCACUACAUCCUCACACACUUUCAAUGGCUGUGGGCAAUCAUCAACAGGACGGUCCUGAGAGAUUGGCUCAUGCAUAAAGUUCUUACAGUAAGAGCCAAUUUAAUCCCAAGCCCUCCAACAUACAACUCCAGAUAUGACUACCUGAACUGGGAAUCAUAUUCCAACAUCACCUUUUACACUAGAAUUCUGCCUCCUGUCCCUGAGGACUGCCCCACACCAAUGGGAACCAAAGGAAAAAUGGAGCUUCCAGAACCCAGGCUGCUGGUAGAAAGGUUCAUGUUGAGACGGAAUUUCAGGCCAGACCCUCAGGGAUCAAACCUAAUGUUUGCCUUCUUCGCUCAGCACUUCACGCACCAGUUCUUUAGAACUCACAACCGCGUGGGUCUCGGUUUCACCAAAGCACUGAGUCACGGGGUGGAUGCUGGACACAUUUAUGGAGACACGCUUGAUCGGCAGCUAGACCUCAGACUUCACAAAGACGGGAAACUCAAGUACCAGGUGGUAAACGGUGAGAUGUACCCCCCCAAAGUGGAAGACACGCAGGUGAAAAUGAGCUACCCGCCCUCCGUCCCUCUGGACCAGCAGCUGGCUAUAGGACAGGAAGUGUUUGGACUGCUGCCCGGUCUCAGCAUGUUCGCCACCUUGUGGCUGCGCGAGCACAACCGCGUGUGUGACAUCCUGAAGAAAGAACAUCCCAGCUGGGGAGAUGAGCAGCUCUUUCAGACAGCCAGACUUAUUAUUAUAGGUGAGACCAUUCGUAUUGUGAUCGAGGAUUACGUCCAGCACCUGAGCGGUUACCUGCUAAAGCUGAAGUUCGACCCUUCGCUGCUCUUCACCUCUCAGUUUCAGUAUCAAAACCGCAUCGCCGUGGAGUUCAACCAGCUGUAUCACUGGCACCCACUCAUGCCCGACAGCUUCCACAUCGACGGAGAUGAUAUCCAAUACUCUCAGUUCCUAUUCAACACCUCUAUCCUCACUCACUAUGGGGUGGAGAAGCUAGUCGAGGCCUUCUCAACCCAACCCGCAGGACAGAUCGGAGGUGGUCAGAAUAUUAAUAAAGUGGUAUUGCAUGUAGCAGAAGGUGCAAUCAAAGAAUCAAGAGAACUUCGGCUUCAAUCCUUCAACGAAUAUCGCAAGAGAUUUAAUCUGAGACCUUACACGUCCUUCUCAGAUUUUACAGGUGAGGAGGAGGUAGCCAAGAAACUUGAAGAGCUGUAUGGUGACAUCGAUGCCCUGGAGUUCUACCCCGGUCUCAUGCUGGAGAAGACGCGACCGAGUGUGAUAUUUGGCGAAAGCAUGGUGGAAAUGGGUGCCCCGUUUUCCCUAAAAGGCCUAUUGGGAAAUCCCAUAUGCUCCCCUGACUACUGGAAACCCAGUACGUUUGGGGGUAAGACGGGUUUUGAUAUAGUGAACUCUGCCUCUUUGAAGAGACUGGUUUGCCUGAAUACGAAAUGGUGUCCGUAUGUCUCGUUCCACAUUCCUCCAACAGAUUAUGAGAAGCAGAGAUCUCAAGAAGAACUUUAGCACAAUGUGCAUCAAGCGAAGUAACUGUUAAAAGUGUUAUAGGUCAGAGAUUGUAGGUAUGGAAUCUGCAGUUUUCAUACACUGACUUUGGGAGAUCAGAGCACAGUCGAAAACAUUAUGCUUUCUCACAUUCAUAGAAAUGCACUUCAUAGUUCUAUUUCAUAUAUAUAUUCAUUCAUAUUUGACUUGUUUGAACACAGAUGCAUAAUUUUAGUACAAUAACUGAACAGAACGAAUAGUCUAGUAAAUCAGAAAUGAAUAAGUAGUAAGGCAGUAUAUUUCUAAAUUCACACAUCUAUUUUUUUGUUGAUCAGUAUUCUUUACAGCCUUACUUGUGUUGCCAAAUACAACACGUUCAGCUUUAAUACACAAUCUUAUGAUAUUCCGUCCAUUUCACCAAUUUAAUUAUCUUUUUAUAUGGGUUUUUAAAGCACAGUUGAAAUAAACAAUGAACUUUUGAUACAUUAUCAACCAGUUUCUUUAUCGUCAGUAUUUUUUGUUAAUCACUGCUGUGUGUUUUGGUAUGAAUAAACGAGACCGUGAAUGUCUUUAAAAGAAAACAUUUGAAGAGUUUGUUUCCAAAAUGAGAUCACUUCAAAACUCAUGUUUUUUAUUUAAAACGUGUUAGUUAGCUGUAUUUUUAGAGUUAUUAUGGCUUAAAUCAAAACAAACCAACUGCAGUUUGAUAUUAAUUGGAAUGCACAAUAAAAAUACAUGAUUUUUGAAAGUUUUGGAACCAAACUCUUCAUUUAUACUGACAGCAUUACUUUCCGAUUGUCUGCUCAAUAUUACAGCAUAGAUGGUUUAAAAAACAUCAUCCAAUGUAUGAAGUGUUACAUCGUACAGCUGAAGGGAUCUUUAAGUGAAAUAUUGCUGAUAACGUAAAUUUUUCAAAAAUUAGUUAUCAAAAAUUUUUCAAAUGUUUGAAUGAAAAGUUUAGAAGGAUUACUGUGCCAUCUGUUGUUUUACAUAUU